AUGUCAAGUAAAACGCUCCAAGCAACUUGGAUUGUCAGCGACAAUUCAAAUGCAGAUAUUUCAAUAUUAAACAAUGUGAAACAGACGCAACAGCGACUUCCAACUGAACUUGGACUUCCUCUUAAAGUUUUCGAUGAUGUGACAGAUUGUACCAUCGAACUCGGAUAUUCUUCAUCGAUUACGGAAAAAACCAUUCUUAUUCUGGAUGCUAAUGUUGCUCAGGAGGCAAUUCAUUUACUUCAUAAUUUGUGCCAUAUAGUCUGCAUUUUCGUCUAUUGGAUGGAUUUUGACGAAAAUCUUAAUAAUUCGCUGGAACAACUUCGCAGUAAAUAUAAUAAAGCAUUUAUUCGACAGCAANCAUCUGUACUAGAUUUGGAUUCAGCACGUGCAAGACAAUUUCCUGAUAAUUAUGACACCGAUGUGGAAUUUGAUUGGUCGAAUCCAAAUUUGUUUGCUGAUGGAAGUGACUUUUCAUGGGAGACGAUUGACGAGAAUCGCAAUCUCUACUAUCAAAAUCAGUUAGCACAGCAAAUUCUCAAUGAAUACGAGGAAUUGAUGAGAUUAAUAAGUUCAUCCUUGAACAUUCAUUUAAAUAUCGGACAAAGCUUUGUUACAAACACAAGUCAGGCAUUUAUGUCAAUCGAAGCCGUAUCGAUCAAUUCUGUAUCGAAUAAAUUGAUUCAACAAAGCGAUAAUGCACAAAUUCAAUUUCCUGCAAAUGUUGUUCUCAAUCAAAGUGUCGAUUCAACAGUCCUGAUUCGAUCAACAUUGGAGUCACUUGCAACGGUGAUUCGGUGGAAAUCUUCGUCAAAAGAUACCAAUCUGUCUCGAUCGGUGACGCUUUCUCUGUUCGAUCGAGGUGAGAAUGAACUUUCGAUUCAGGCAGAUGUUUCUGAUCCAAUUCAAAUCUUCAUUCCUCGUGAUCCGAACAUGCUCGUUCCCGAAAUGGUUUUCCAAAAUGUGACUUCGAUGAAUUCAACCCCCCAUCAACAAUUCUUUUCUUUUCAUUAUGCCAACAUCACAAGUUCUGGCCCAAAAUCAAUUCAUUUUGAAAUUCAACCAUUGAAUUCUUCGCUCGCUUAUUUAUUCAUCUAUAAAUUCGAUCAAAUUCCUCAAUUGAAUAGGUCAACGAAACAAAUUGAUGGAUGGAAAACCUUUUGUCCUCAAACGGAUUUGUCCGAUGAAGGUAUUUAUACAUAUUUCCUUGAUAAUCAACAAUCCGUGGGCCAUACAGCAGUUGUGAUUGGUUUACGAGAAUUGAAUUCAACAGAACAAGAAACAAUGUGUUCGAAUUCAUCAUCAAUUACGAAUCCGCCAAUUCGCGAUGAACCAGUUCGUUUCACAGCUGAUUACAAAUUUCGAAUCUAUUCGGCGUGUUGUUUUUAUCGGCAGAAAUCCAAUCAAUGGAAAUAUGAUGGAUUAAUCGUUGGACCGUUAACCAAUCGUUUUCAAACUCAAUGUCUAUCAACUCAUUUGACAAGUUUUGCUGGUGGAUUCGUUGUUUUACCGACACCAGUAAACUGGAGUUAUAUUUUUGCUAAUGCAGAUUUUAUGAAGACUAAAACGAUUUAUUUUACCGUGAUUUGUGUAUUAGUCUUGUAUAUGAUCAUAACGAUUUAUGCAAGAUACAAAGAUCGGAAAGAUAUUGAAAAAUUGGGUGUGACACCCUUAGCAGACAAUGAUCAAUCGAAUCAAUAUUUUUACGAAAUUAUCGUUUUUACCGGUCUACGAAAGGGUGCAGGAACGAAAUCCAAUGUCCAAUUUGUCUUAUCGGGUGAUGUGGACGAUACAAAUGUUCGAACAUUAAGUGAUCCUCAUCGGAAAGUAUUUCAACGCGGUUCCGUCGAUGCCUUCCUAAUGGCUGUACCAAAAUCAUUGGGGUAUCUGAAUUGUAUUCGCAUCUGGCAUGAUAAUUCCGGUGAAGGAUCGUCCUCGUCAUGGUUUUUGAAGUAUAUCAUUGUUCAUGAUCUUCAGACGAUGGAAAAAUUCCAUUUUAUUUGUCAAAAAUGGUUUGCAGUUGAAAAAGAUGAUGGAUUAAUUGAACGUGUUUUACCUGUUGCAAAUGAUUUGGAAAAACAAGAAUUUUCAUUUGUCUUAGCAAAAAGUGCUUAUCUUAGUUUUUCGGAUGGCCAUUUAUGGUUUUCAAUCUUUUCGCGUCCACCGUCAAAUCGAUUUACACGUGUUCAGCGUUGUACAUGCUGUUUCGUUUUAUUUAUUGUCUCGAUGUUCCUCAACAUCAUGUAUUAUGAUCUUUCUAAUGAGGCGAAAACUAAAAUUUCAAAUUCUACUGCCAGUCUGUCGUUUGGUUCGCUUUCCAUUGGUCGUGAACAGAUAACAAUUGGAAUCAUUGUGGAGUUAUUUGCAUUGGUGCCGAGUCUUUUACUUGUUCAACUAUUUCGACGUCUUCGACUUCGUCGAUUGUAUUUAUCACCUGUACAACAAGCUCUAUCCAAACUGAAACCGAAUUGGGCAUUGAAUGUUGAAAAACAGAAGAAAAGAAAAUGUUCGUUGACAUUCCCUUGGUGGUGUAUCUUUAUCGCCUAUGGGCUUUGUAUUCUUCUCGUUGGAGUUUCAAUCUUGUUUAUCGUUGCUCGUGGAAUUGAAUUUGGUGAUGAAAAAACCCAGAAAUGGCUGAUCUCAAUUCUAACGGGACUUUUCUCUUCAAUUCUUUUGACGCAACCAUUGAAACUUCUGAUUCUGGCGAUCGUUUUUGCUUGUUUUUGUCGUAAAUUGAAUGAAGAUAAAGAAGCACUUGAAUUUUUGGAUUAUGAAUCAUUGGAAUUGAACUUCGACGAAGAAUAUUUACAUUUUCCAAAGAAGAAAUUUCGAAGUCUAAGUUAUGCAAACCGUUUAACUGAAGCUGAAAUUGCCUAUGCUCGUGAUCAACGUUUAAAAGAACUUCGAAUGUGGUCGAUUAUUCGUGAAACAACUAUUUAUAUAUGUUUCAUAGCUCUUCUUUACAUUGUCAUCUAUUCACACGAUCAAACCGAUCCUUCCCUUCAAGUUCAUCAUUUCAGAAGAUAUUUUCUCAAUUCACGACAAAGCGAUUGUGAUUAUACCCAAAUCUCCACAGUUGAUGAUUAUUGGAAAUGGUUGCAAGAAAGUUUUGUUGUAAAUCUUCGCGCACAGCGGUGGUACAAUGGUGAAACACCACGAAAUCUUUCUGGUUAUCUGAAUGAUAAAGCCAAUCGUUUGAUUGGAUGGGCAACUAUGAGACAAUUACGAAUUCGAACAGAAUCGUGUCCAAACAACGAAAAACAAAUUCAAGCGAUUUGUUAUGAAGAUUAUAGUUAUUCAAACGAAGAAAAAGAUUCUUAUUCACCUCAAUGGACAAAUUUGAUAACAAAAACGAAUUUCAGUUCGUCGAUUCGAAAGUCAUUUCAAUAUCAAACAAGUGAGCAAUCCGAUACUUAUCCAUACGUUGGUGAUCAAGGGAUUUAUCCAGGUGGUGGUUAUAUUUAUGAAUUUCGUGGACGUUUCUCUGAACUUCAAAGUAAUUUAAGUGAACUUCGUCAACUGAAUUGGAUUGAUAAACAAACACGAGCUGUGAUUAUUCAACUUACUUUGUACAAUCCGAAUGUUCAUUUGUUCACCCAAAUGAAUUUUCUUUUAGAAAUUUUGUCAACCGGUGGACUUUCGACUUCUUCACGAUUUGAACCUUUGGAUUUCUACGCGCUUACAUCAACAUUUCAAUUGAUUUGUAAUGUUUUGUACCUGGUAAUGAUCAUUUAUUUGAUGUGGAUCGAAAUUCAAUUGUUGAUUAAAUUGAAAUGGAAAAAAUAUAUUCAACAAUUCUGGUCGUGGAUUGAAUUGGGUAUUUUCGUUUGUUCAUGGACAAGUUUGGCUAUUUAUGUUUGGAGAUACAAAGAAUGUCAAAGAAUUGGUCGAUUAUUCUCAGAAACGAACGGAUAUGUUUAUAUUAAUUUACAAAUGGCGUCGUACAUCAACAACAUUCUAGUCUAUCUUUUUGGCUUUUGUUGCUUUUUCGGAACGAUCAAAUUUGUGAAGCUGCUUCGUUUUAAUCAACGUCUGUGUUUAUUCAUACAAACGUUACAUUAUUCCGCCAAUGAAUUAAUCUCGUUUUCAUUCAUGUUCACAAUUGUCUUCAUGUCGUUUGUUGCGCUUUUCUAUUUAUUAUUUGUGUCUCAAAUAUCAUCGUGUGCAUCGAUCUUAUUAACUGCUCAGAUGUUAUUCGAAAUGACAUUGAUGAAAUUCGACACACAGGAGUUAAUUGCCGCUGCACCGAUUCUUGGACCGUUGGCAUUUGCUUUGUUCAUUCUUAUCGUGGUUUUUGUCUGUUUGAGUAUGUUCAUUACAAUUAUUAACGAUAGUUUUCGACAGGCGAAAGAAAAUGCGGAAAAGGACAAUCAAGUGAUGUUGACAUUUAUGAUCAGAAGAUUUCAAAAAUUCAUCGGUUGGAAAAAAGUCGUGGAAGAUGAAAGAAGUGAAUUUCUACGUGCAAAAUAUGUCGAUCCAAUUGAAAAUUUUCCAAAGAAAGUCGAUCAAUUACUCACUGUGAUCACUCGACUUUAUUUGGAUGAAACUGAUGGUAAAUUGCAACUGUAG